GAGAUUGCACAAGGCUGGAAAUCGACUGGUACCUUCCCAUUCGGCCGCCUACCCAGAGAACUCCGCGACUGCAUCUACGACUUGGCAUUCGGCCGGCUGCCCACCAUCUUCAAGACCAAGGGUCUAAUCGUCCAAGCCACACAUAAGGUUCGACAUUGGGGCAUCCCAAAGUGGGUCCUCACCAAUAAGCAAAUCUGUUCGGAAGCCCUCUCCUACUUUGGCUCCUCGCGCACAUUCAACGCAAUCGAUAUUAACCGUGUUUGUGAGUUUCAGAGUGAAUGUGACAUCAUUCCCUCUCCCGACGAUCCUUUCACAACCCCUCUCGUCUUCAACAGCGAAGUGCUCCGCAAUAUCACCAUUGCAAGGGAAUAUGACCAAUACAUGGGAAUAGAAGACAAAUUCAUGGCCAUUCUCAACCGCGCACAUGUGAAAGAUGCAUCCGUGGAACUAGAGUGGCAAGUUUCUCGUUUUCGAGACUCAAAAGACUGGGAAGAACACUUGGGUGCUUGGAUUGCUGAAUGGCACAUCAAGCAGUGGGACGGCAAUCUACGAAGGGUCAAAAUCACCAUA